GACAUCACCGUCCCGCCGCCCGCCUUUUAGCGCAAGGUCAGGGUCCCCGCGGGGCAGUGCGCUGGUCCCUCUCCGAGCAUCGCCCUCGCUCCUUCCGCAGCCGCUUGUCUCCCACCACCACAGCCAUGGCAAACAAAGGCCCAGCCUAUGGCAUGAGCAGGGAUGUGCAGUCCAAGAUCGAGAAGAAGUACGAUGAUGAGCUGGAGGACCGGCUGGUGGAGUGGAUCGUGGCGCAGUGCGGGGCUGCCGUGGGACGCCCGGAGCGGGGCCGCCUGGGCUUCCAGGUCUGGCUGAAGAACGGCAUCGUGCUCAGCAGGCUGGUGAACAGCCUCUACCCCGAUGGCUCCAAGCCCGUCAAGAUCCCCGACGCGCCGCCCACCAUGGUCUUCAAGCAGAUGGAACAGAUUGCCCAGUUCCUGAAGGCGGCCGAGGACUACGGCGUGGUCAAGACAGACAUGUUCCAGACCGUGGACCUGUUUGAAGCCAAGGACAUGGCAGCGGUGCAGAGGACGCUGAUGGCCCUGGGGAGCCUGGCAGUCACCAAGAACGAUGGGAACUACCACGGGGACCCUAACUGGUUCAUGAAGAAAGCGCAGGAGCACAAGCGGGAGUUCACCGAGAGCCAGCUGAAGGAGGGCAAGAACAUCAUCGGGCUACAGAUGGGCACCAACAAGGGAGCGUCACAGGCGGGGAUGAGCUACGGCCGGCCCCGGCAGAUCAUCAGCUAGGCACCCCCGCGCCGCCCCCAGCCCUCCCCCGCCGGGACCUCCGUCUCCGCUCCCCGCUGGCCGCCGCCAGUCCAUUGGUAUUUAUUGAGGAGCAUCGCCCGCCAGCCCCAUCGCCCCGCCAGCGGCCGCACGCGCCCCGCCGCAGCCCCCAGCCCGGGGCCGCAGCCCCCCAGCGCCGUGCCCGGGCAGCCUCUGCCCCCGGGCAGCCUCUGCCCCCGGCCUCGCACCCCCUGCCAGCCGGCCCUGCCCUCGCCGGCACCCUCGGGUGGGACGGGCCAGCGCCCCGGCCCCCGGGGCCACCGCCCUGCCCGCCGCCCGCACGAGCCCCGCGCCACUGCCGCAGAGAUCCCUGCGAACGGGGAGAAGAGAGAAUUGGCCUCGGUUUUGUACUUCGUUUUUGUCAAAAUUAAAAGGUUAUAUUCAUCUA